CUUCACUCUUUUCCUUCACUUUUUUUUUUUCUCUUCUUUUUCCUUUGUUUCAGUCAAAAUCUCAAUUCAGUUCGUUCACUUUGGAUUUCAACAUUGCGUUGCGUUGCAUUUGUAUUUAGGUUUUUGCUGAGAUGGCGGACGCUGCUUCGAUCGGGAGUGAAGCGGAAGCACCUCAACGGACUGAAUCUCAGUCAAACAGACCUGAGCUUGAGCUCCUCCUUCCGGGGGGUCCAGUUGGCCAAGUGCCUGCGUUCGAUCUGUUCUCGGCUGCAAGUCAAUCCAGCGACUCUGCUGCACUGACUGACGCUGCGGCUGAUGCUGAUGCGGCUGAUGCUGGGUCGGCCGUCCCAAUGGACACUUCCACAGCAGCAGCAGCGGCAACAAGCGAGCCAAAGCAAGAGCCAGAGCCAGAGCCAAGCACAACCGACGACGCAGCCACUACGACGACGACGACGACGACGGAUGCCGAGGUCCAGCCCUUCACCGCUGCUGCGACAGCCAUGGCGACGUCGCCAACGGGUCGUGCGCCAUCUGCACGGGCGGCCGCUCGCGCACAGGCUGCUGCUGCUGCUGCUGCUGCCGCCGCUGCUGCUACUACGACUACUGCUGCCACUUCUUCGAACGAUGACGAUGCCGCUGCCGCCGACGACGCGGAUGAGCAGGAAGACAUGGACGAGGGCGACACAACAAGCAACAGGGCCGACCGCUCGUGGCGAUCAUCAGCCUCGCGUCGUCGCAGAGGUGCCAAUUCCAAUGCACCAGCUGCUGCUACUACUACUACUACUGCUGCUGCCGCUGUUUCUCGUCAGCGUGGCCGCGCUAGCCCUGCUGCUGCAGCAGCUUCGGACGCACCGGCGGCUGCACCUGCCGCAGAGUCCGCCGUCCCCUCUGCAGAGUCUGCAGCUCCUGUCGACCCCGCCGAAGGCACACCUACCAAUGCCUCAACUGGUGCAUCCAAUACCGAAGAAACGGGCCCGGAAGGCGACAGCGAGUCCACGACCACCACCGCCGAUGCCGUCGCGACCAAGAAACCUCGCAAACGCCGUACCCGUGAUCCGAUCGCUGCGCAGGCUUUGCUGAACUCUCAAAACGAGGGCAACGAAGAGGACUGGCGACUGCGACCACGAGCGGCCGCUGUGCGGGCAGCGGUUGUGACGAGCGCAAUGACAGCGUCGAGCUCUAUGUCCGAAGCUGCGCUCAAUGCUGCAGCUCUAGCGAAUGCCUCUGCUGCCACAACUGCUUCUUCUUCUUCUUCUUCUUCUGCUGGACCCAGUGGUGGUUCGGCAGCUCUGCAGGUUGCAGCUUCGGCAGUAUCGGCGGCUGGCCUGCGAGAGUUUCCGACCGAGGAAUCCUUCCAAGAAUUUGAGGCCCAAGUGCACGGUGAAACAUUGAGCAAACUGCCACAGGCGCAGACCGCCAACACGGCUGCUCGGAAUAGAAACACUGCCAUCCGCUUUGAAUUCGAUGAGCCGUUUUCGGCACUCGUCAACGCAAGCACCCGCAACGCCGAGCGCACGGUGGCGGAAGCCGAUGCCGCUGCCAAUGGAGGGGGUGCGGCAACUCCCAGCCUCGACCCACACGACCCCCAUGCCGAGCGAAAGCGCCGCUUGCAGGCGCAAAUGAUCUUGAGCACGCAACACCACGCCGAGCUGGCUGCAGACCUGCCGAUCGUUGAACGAGAGCAUCCAAAUGCCAACGACGAAGUGUGCGAGACGUGCGGGACGGCUGGCGAGCUCUUGUGCUGCGACAGGUGUCCCUGCGUGUUCCAUUUUUAUUGCGCCGACCCACCUGCCGAUCCGGAUUACAUGGGGCAAGUGUGGCUCUGCGGCAAGUGCAUCGCGCAAGCAGAGGCAUCGCCUCCGCCCAAGGUAGAAAAUCGCUUCUUUGGCAGCGCGCUGCGAAGACUCAAAUCCCUCCAUCCGCAAGCAUUCGUCCUCGACGCCGAAGUGUACACGUCUGUGGCCAAGCGAUCGCGACAGCUGGCUGCCGCUGCUGCACAGGUGUCUGUUGCCAGCGCCAAAGCCACCAUGCUCAAACGGAUCAACCGCAUGCUCGACAGCUGCGGUCUUGGUGAAGACGGCAUUGAGGACGACGAGGACGAAGCAAGGCUUCAGGACCUGCAAGACGGAGGCGCCUUGUUUGCGCUGGACAUUGAUCGGAUCAAGAGUAUGCCUCCAAAGGAAAUUUUCGACGCCAACGCGGCCAACACGUUCUUGGCGGUGAAGAGCGUGCUUCCCGAUCUGAUUGUGACCAAAAAGCUCUCGACCCCGCAGCAAGAGGGCGUCAAGAAGGAUCCCGGUGCACUCUUUGCGUUUGGCGCCACGUCCAAUGCUGUCACGCACCUCAAAAAUUACGUCAAUCCCGAGUACGCUGCGCGUCAUUCGUCACAGAUGUACGACGUCGGCAACGCGACUCCGCAGUACAGGUACCAAGACGACGUCGACAUUCCCGCGGCGGAACCUGGCGAUUUCCUACCUCGCUUUUGCCAUGUCUGUUCGCAAGGCCUUUCCGUUGCGCCGCUCAUUUUCUGCGCCGAAUGUCCGCUCCUCUAUCAUCUCGAGUGUCUCGAUCCCCCGUUGACGGCAGUGCCCAAGCGCGGCUGGCUCUGCCCGGCACAUAUGCAGCAUCCACUGAACGAGACCGAAAGCUUCACCGAGCGACAGUUCCAGCUCAUGCUGUCGCAGCUCGUGCCGCAAAGUGCGUCCAAGAUCAACUUUAUCUCACGUGUCCGUCAAGACCGAGCGUUUUUGCGACGUGCAGAAGCGCUCUCUCAACCGUUUGCAAUGUUAAACACCCUGGAUCCGAGUUUGGUUCGAUUCCUGGCUUGGGAGCGAUUGUGCCAGCUGGGCGAGCAAGCCCGAGCGUCCGCUGGCACCGCAAGCACCUCGACAAUUCCUGUGAAUGGUGAUGCGCAUGUCGAACCUGAUUCUGCUGCAGAGACGACACAUUCGUCCUCGCGAAAGCGUCGUGCCGACAACAGCGCCAGCGACAAGGACGCCACCCAUGUGUCCAAGAAGUUGCGAGUGGACGAUAGCAGCGAUGAUACCGCCGCUUCAGAAGCUGCCCCGUCUGUGAUGAUUGGUCGUGUUGUCGACGACAAGGACGCUUCGAUUCGUUAUGAUAUUGGUCCGAAUGGCAUGGCGGAUGUCGGCGGUUGGGAUGCUGAACGGAACGAAGGCUUGACAAGGUUUUGCGUUUUCCAUGACGCAGAACAGGACGUUUUCCGCGUGGUAUCUUGCAACUUUUCCAACGCUCAGGCCGAUCGAGUGCUGGUGGACGGCGCACCUGCUGACGCGGAGGCGUGUGGUGCCAUCCUGCGCCCUCGCAGCCAGAUUGUCGUUGGCUCGCGGAAAUUCACCUUCCAAUUGUUGCCUUCAUCUUCUUCGGCUGAUGUUGUCGUGGGAUCUUGAGGUUCGUCGAAUUCCUAUCUGGAGCUGUGAAUUGGUUGGACCGUCUUGGAUCACGGCAAAUGGAAUCUCCCGGUUGUUUUUGCUUGGAUUGUAUUACUCUUUAGUGUCUGUGCGUUUCUUUCGUGUUCUUCUUGUUUCACAUAUCAUUACAACACAAGGCUUGCUCAAAAAAACAUGUCAAAGUUGUGUUUGUCCAGCGCAUUC